AUGAGUUGCCGAACUUUCAGUUCAGAAAAAAGUGAGAAAAGAUGGGUUGAUCAGCUAAACAAGAAUUUCAUCAUUUAUGUUGACAAUCCCCCAACCAUAUUCCAUGUCCCUAAGCCCGUCCGCGACACGAAUCCAGACGCCUUCACCCCUCAGAAGAUAGGCAUUGGCGCAUAUCAUCAUUUUCGCAUCGAUAAAAGAAGGCUUGCUGCGGUGAAGAAGUUCUUGAAGCCAGAACAGUUCAACAGCUUCAAGAGCCUGAUUGUGGACAAGGUAGCAGAGCAGCUCGAUGCAGAGGUUCGCGCGUGCUACAACCAGUACUUGGACAUCGAUGGCGAUACUUUGGCGUGGAUCAUGGCGAUUGAUGGCAUUUAUUUGCUUCAUCUGCUUAAAUCAUAUUCGGCGAAAAAGAGCAUUGGAAUUGAAGACGGGAUUUUAGCGCAGGACAUCCUGAUGGUGGAAAAUCAGAUGCCCUGCAUUGUGCUGAAACAAAUCAGGAAGGCUUUAUGGCCGACAUCACCUGAAGCCGCGGCGAAAGAUAAAGACGCGAUCAGGGACGAGGAAACAACCAAAAAGGAAUGUGACUUGGAGCUGUUUUCCCAAAUGUAUGCCUUCUGUAAAGCGCAUUCCCCGCUUGAGCUCACGGAAAAUGUGCGUUUUGUUGACGAUACAUCCAACCCUCAUCUUCUUCAUUACAUGUAUUCACUGAUCGUGAAAAAUUGGUUCACUGGAGAGAUGAGUCAGAACCAGAGAGGUUUUGACGAUGAUCCUGAAGACGAAGUGACUCCUUUUAUCGGAGACAUGAACAACAACUCUGCCUGGAUGAUGGAUAUGAACAUGAAUAUGAAUGGUUUUCUCGACCAACUCGAAUCCUCUGGAGAGGCGAUCGAGAAUGGUUUGGAAGAGGUUGCUGGCAGUGCUACACAGCUCGCGAGUGUAGCGGCUGGAAUAUUCCGGCUAAAGGCGUUCAUGUUGCUAGCCAAUUUACCGGUUAAGCAAUUCGCCGAUCUCUUCAAGAAGGGAUAUCAGAAGAAAAACUAUUUGCUGGAGGAAAUCCAAAUUCCAUCAGCUUCUGAAAUCCAUGAAGUUUGCAAAAUUGAGUUCAAAGUCUGGUCCAAUUCAGGGAUUGCGGUCCAUUACAAUGACAAAGAGCGGGUACUCUACCUCCCCGUGAUUACCCUGAAUGCUGAUUCAGAAGUGAUCUUAAGAAAUUUGGUUGCGUACGAAGCGCUUUCAGGAUCAAGUUGCCAUUUGAUUUCGGGCUAUGUGGAUUUCAUGUGUGGGAUAAUUGAUACACCUAAAGAUGCUGAAUUGCUCAAGAAAAAGGGUAUCAUAAAUUCCAAUCUGAAGAAUGAAGAAAUCGCUCGAAUGUUCAACGGGAUCGCGAAAUCCACUUGUAUGGAUGCUGACAUUGAAGGGACUGUUGAGAAAUUGAAGAGCAUAGAUGACAACGUUUUCAGUGUCAAAGCCUGGAGAUUUGUGAAGGCUCAUUUUGUUCCUUCCAAGACUGUUGUCAAAUGCUUCCUGGCCACUCUGAUGGUUCUGCUCCUGACUCUGCAAGCGUUCUGUGAGAUUUAUGGAUGCAAUGCUCGUUCCAAUUAUGGGAAGAUGAUCAGUUCAUUCCGCUGAUUCAUUGGUUUUUCUUCCUUUUCAAUUUGUUUCAUAUGUAACCUUCAUUUGUGAAACACCAUGUGUCUGCUUCAAUCACUCAAAUUUGCAUCCUUCCUCAUUGCC